UGGUCGAUUUUUUUUUCGCUCGCGAGGACCCCGCCAAAUGCGUGACUGAAGGAGCCUCAGCCCAAGAAGGUAGUUUAUGAAACUUCCUUUAACACUGCUUGCAUAUUCGAUUUAAAUCGUCAGACUGUCUUUAUUUGCCUUCUUUUCCCUUGAUAAAUAUCUCGGAACCGCAUUUAACAACGAUUAUCGACACUGCAUAACGUCUACCAACUACCCCUCCACUUAUACUCGAACCAGCAAAAUCACAGAAAAGAUGGCCAACGAUCUCCCUCAAUUCAAGCAGGACUUCCUCAAGUCUUGCCACUCUGGAGGUGUCCUGAAGUUUGGCAGCUUUGAGCUCAAGUCCAAGAGAAUUUCCCCCUACUUCUUUAACGCCGGUCUCUUCCACACUGCUAGACUGGCCAAUGCCAUCGCCACAGCCUUUGCUCACACCAUCAUUGAUGCCCAGAAGAAUGACGGCCUCGAGUACGACAUUGUCUUCGGCCCUGCCUACAAGGGCAUUCCUUUGGCUUCUGCCAUCACUGUGAAGCUUGGUGAACUUGACCCCAAGCUGCUCGAUACGAUCUCUUACUCCUUUGAUCGUAAGGAGGCCAAGGACCACGGCGAGGGCGGCAACAUUGUCGGUGCCCCUCUAAAGGGAAAGCGCGUCCUUAUUGUUGACGAUGUCAUCACUGCCGGAACAGCUAAGAGAGAGGCCAUCGAGAAGAUUCAGAAGGAGGGUGGUACUGUUGUUGGUAUUGCCGUUGCCUUGGACCGCAAGGAGAAGCUGCCCGCCGCUGAUGGCGACGACUCCAAGCCCGGCCCCAGCGCUAUCGGAGAGCUCAAGAAGGAAUAUGGUAUCCCCAUCUACGCCAUUCUCAACCUCGACGAUAUCAUUGAGGGCAUGAAGGGCUUUGCCUCUCCCGAGGACAUUAAGAGCACCGAGGAGUACCGCCAGAAGUACAAGGCUACCGACUAAGUUGUCAAAUUAUGAGCUAGGACAAACCUACACGGGAAGCGUAGAUAGCGAUGUUGGAGUUGAAGAAAACAAAAGAAAAGAAAUAGAGCUUCACAGUGCUCUUGAGACGGUUUGAUUUACUAGAACAUUCAACUUAAGUGACGGAGCGUAAAAAGCGACGUGUCUUUUUAAUGAUCAUGAGUAUGUAUCUAUAUUUGUUUAUGUAUUAUCUAUGUAUUAUAUAAUUAUGUAUUAUCUUAUCUGUUUAAACUAUGUUUAAUACCCAAAUCGUUUAUA